AUGACGCCAUUCUCAAGCUGUGGCAGUGGAAAUUUUCGCUGUGGAAAUGGAUAUUGUAUCCCUGCAGCUUGGAGGUGCGAUGGAACCAGAGACUGUUUGGAUGAUACAGAUGAAAUUGGUUGUGCUCCUCAUUCCUGCAGAACAGGCUAUUUCCUGUGUCAGAGUGAAGGAACCUGCAUCCCUCAGUCCUGGGUGUGUGACCAGGAUGAGGACUGCUCGGACGGCUCAGAUGAACAUCAGAAUUGCCCUGGGAUAACAUGCUCAAGUCAGCAGCUGACAUGCUCCAAUGGUCAGUGUGUUCCGAGGGAGUACAGGUGCGAUCACGUCAGAGACUGCUCCGAUGGAACUGACGAGACGGGCUGCCAUUACCCAACAUGUGAUCAGCUUACCUGUGCCAAUGGAGCCUGUUACAACAUGAGUCAGAAGUGUGAUCAGAAAGUUGAUUGCAGAGAUUCCUCUGAUGAAGCUAACUGCACUGGACUGUGCAUGCACAAUGAAUUUGAGUGUGGCAAUGGAGACUGUAUUCCUCGCUCCUUUAUCUGUGACCACGACAAUGACUGUGAAGAUAAUAGUGAUGAACGCAAUUGCAACUAUGAUACCUGCGGUGGCCACCAGUUCACCUGCUCCAAUGGCAUCUGCAUUAGCCAGACCUGGGUUUGUGAUGGAGAUGAUGACUGCCAAGAUGCCGGGGAUGAAGAUGGAUGCAAUAGCAAUCAACAUAAUUCAUGUUACCCAAGAGAAUGGGCUUGCCCAAUGUCUGGGCAUUGUAUCUCAAUUGAUAAGGUUUGUGACGGGGUUUUAGACUGUCCAGGAGGAGAAGAUGAAAACAACGCCACAAGUGGAAGAUACUGUGGUUCGGGUUCCUGCUCUGUCUUAAACUGUGAGUACCAAUGCCACGAGACACCAGAUGGAGGACAAUGUUUUUGUCCCACAGCUCAUAUUAUCAACCCCAACGACACCCGUACCUGCAUUGCUUUUGAUGAUUGCCAGAUAUGGGGAAUUUGUGACCAGAAGUGUGAAAACAAACAUGGCCAUCACCAGUGCCUCUGCGAGGAAGGGUAUAUCUUGGAACGUGGACAGCACUGCAAAGCUAACAACUCCUUCAGUCCAGCUGCCAUUAUUUUCUCCAAUGGUCGAGAUUUGCUAAUUGGGGAUCUUCAUGGAAGGAACUUCCGGAUUCUAGUACAGUCUCAAAACCGUGGUGUGGCCAUGGGUGUGGAUUUUCACUAUCAGCAGCACAGAGUGUUUUGGACAGACCCUGUGCAAGAUAAGGUUUUUUCAGUUGACAUUAAUGGCUUAAAUAUACGAGAAGUUCUGAAUGAGUCUAUUGAUGCUCCAGAGAAUCUGGCUGUGGACUGGGUCAAUAAUAAACUUUAUCUGGUAGAGACCAAGGUCAACCGCAUAGAUAUGGUAAAUUUGGAUGGAAGUCAACGUGUUACUCUUAUAACUGAAAACUUAGGGUAUCCUAGAGGAAUUGCCCUGGACCCAACUGUGGGCUAUUUGUUUUUCUCAGACUGGAUGAGCCUUUCUGGGCAGCCUAAGUUGGAAAGAGCUUUCAUGGAUGGCAGUAAUAGGAGAGACUUGGUAAAGACAAAGUUGGGGUGGCCUGCUGGGAUCACUCUGGAUAUGGUGUCUAGGCGUAUUUACUGGGUGGACUGCCGAUAUGACUACAUUGAAACUGUUACGUACGAUGGAAUCCAAAGGAAGACAGUAGUUCACGGUGGCUCCCGAGUUCCUCACCCCUUCGGAAUAAGCUUGUUUGAAGAACAUGUGUUCUUCACUGAUUGGACAAAGAUGGCUGUGAUGAGGGCAAACAAGUUCACAGAGACCAACCCCCAAGUGCACCACCAGUCUUCACUGAGGCCCUAUGGAGUGACUGUUUACCAUGGUCUCAGGCAGCCCAAUGCUACCAAUCCAUGUGGAAAUAACAAUGGGGGCUGUGAGCAGAUCUGUGUUCUCAGCCAUAGGACAGAUAAUGGAGGCCUGGGCUACCGGUGCAAAUGCAAAUUUGGCUUUAAACUGGAUACCGACGAGAGCCACUGUGUGGCUGUGAAGAACUUCCUGCUCUUUUCAUCCCAAAUGGCUGUGCGUGGGAUUCCGCUCACCCUCUCCACCCAGGAAGAUGUCAUGGUUCCAGUCUCCGGGAGUCCUGCUUUUUUUAUUGGGCUUGAUUUUGAUGCCCAGCACAGCACCAUCUUUUACUCAGACACAUCAAAAGAUAUAAUUUAUAAACAAAAGAUUGAUGGCACAGGAAGAGAAAUUCUCGCAGCUAACAGGGUGGCUAAUGUUGAAUGUUUGGCUUUUGACUGGAUUUCAAGGAAUCUCUACUGGACAGAUGCUUCACUAAAGAGUGUCACUGUCAUGAAGCUAGCUGAUAAGUCGAGGCGAGAAAUAGUCAAGAAUUUAAACAACCCACGGUCCAUUGUGGUACAUCCUACUGCUGGGUAUAUAUUCUUCAGUGAUUGGUUCCGUCCUGCUAAAAUUAUGAGAGCAUGGAGUGAUGGAUCUCACCUUAUGCCUGUAGUGAACACUACUCUGGGAUGGCCCAACGGCUUGGCCAUUGAUUGGGGUGCUUCGCGAUUGUACUGGGUAGAUGCGUUUUUUGAUAAAAUUGAACACAGCACCUUUGAUGGUUUAGAUAGAAAAAGACUGGGCCAUAUAGACCAGAUGACGCAUCCCUUUGCACUCACCAUCUUUAGAGAUGUUCUGUUUUUUACUGACUGGAGACUUGGUGCCAUUAUUCGAGUCAGGAAAUUGGAUGGUGGAGAUAGGACAGUUAUUCGAAGUGGCAUCAACAACAUAAUGUAUGUGAAAGCAUAUAAUGCUGACAUCCAGACUGGGUCUAACUACUGCAGUCAACCCACCCAUCCCAAUGGCGACUGCAGCCACUUCUGCUUCCCUGUGCCAAACUUCCAGCGUGUGUGUGGGUGUCCCUAUGGAAUGAAACUUUCGUCUAACCAAAGGACGUGUGAGGGAGACCCAGCCCAUGAGCCGCCCACAGAUCAGUGUGGCUCUUUUUCUUUUGCCUGCAACAAUGGCAAAUGUGUGCCUGACUACUUCCGCUGUGAUGGACUCGAUGACUGUCUUGACAACAGUGAUGAGUAUCAGUGUGGUGCAUUUAAUAAUUCUUGUUCACCUUCGGCAUUCACUUGUGUCCAUGGAGGACAGUGCAUCCCUGACCAGUGGCGCUGUGACAAGCAGAAUGACUGUCUAGAUGGCAGUGAUGAGCAAAACUGCCCCACCAGAGCUCCUUCCACCUGCCCGCAGGCCUACUUCACCUGUGACAAUCACAUGUGUGUCCCCUUAAACUGGGUCUGUGACACAGACAAUGAUUGUAGCGAUGGAUCGGAUGAAAAGAACUGUGGAACUUCACAGACAUGCCAGUCUACUCAAUUUCGUUGCCCUGACCAUCGCUGUAUUGACCCAUCUUAUGUCUGUGAUGGGGACAAAGACUGUGUUGAUGGAUCUGAUGAGACAGGCUGUGUAUUUAACUGCACAUCUUUUCAAUUCAAAUGUGCUGAUGGGAGUGCAUGCAUUAACAACAGAUACCGUUGUGAUGGUGUUUCUGAUUGCAAGGACAACUCUGAUGAGGCGGGCUGUUCUACCAGGCCUCCUGGUAUGUGCCACUCAGAUGAAUUUCAGUGCCAAGGAGAUGGUACCUGCCUCCCCAACACUUGGGAGUGUGAUGGGCAUCCAGACUGUAUCGAUGGAUCUGAUGAGCACCAUGGCUGUGUCUCCAAGACCUGUUCUUCAUCUCAUUUCCUCUGUGACAAUGGAAACUGCAUCUACAAAAACUGGCUCUGUGAUGGGGACAAUGACUGCAGAGAUAUGAGCGAUGAGAGGAACUGCCCUACGCAGCCCUUCCGGUGUCCCAGUUGGCAGUGGCAGUGCCCGGGCUACGGCAUCUGUGUCAAUCUAAGUGCACUAUGUGAUGGAAUCUUUGAUUGUCCAAAUGGGACUGAUGAGUCCCCACUUUGCAACCAGGACAGCUGCUUACAUUUGAAUGGUGGUUGCACUCACAAUUGUAUUCAAGGGCCCUUUGGGGCUAAAUGCGUAUGCCCAUCAGGAUACCAACUUGCCAAUGACACUAAGACCUGUGAAGAUAUAAAUGAAUGUGAUAUUCCAGGCUUUUGUAGCCAGCACUGUUUCAAUAUGAGAGGUUCUUUCCGGUGUGCUUGUGAUGCAGGCUACAUAUUAGAACCUGAUGGAAGGACUUGCAAAGUCACAGCGUCUGAAAAUCUACUGUUACUUGUAGCAAGUCAGGACAAGAUUAUUGCAGACAAUAUCACUUCCCAGAUCCACAGUAUCUUUUCACUGGUCCAAGAUGCUUCUUAUGUUGUAGCUCUUGACUUUGAUUCAGUUACUGGUCGUGUCUUUUGGUCUGACUUAAAUCAGGGUAAAACCUGGAGUGCCUUUCAAAAUGGAACAGACAAGAGAAUAGUACAUGAGAGUGGUGUCUCUGUGACAGAAACUAUUGCCGUAGAUUGGAUAGGUCGCAAUCUUUACUGGACAGACUAUGCUCUGGAAACAAUUGAAGUCUCUAAAAUUGAUGGAAGCCAUAGAACAGUGUUGAUUAGCAAAAACAUAACUAACCCAAGGGGAUUAGUGUUGGAUCCCAGAAUGAGUGACCAUCUAAUGUUCUGGUCUGACUGGGGCCAUCACCCUCGCAUUGAGCGAGCUAGCAUGGAUGGCACUUUGCGGACAGUCAUUGUUCAAGACAAGAUCUACUGGCCCUGUGGUUUAACUAUUGAUUACCCCAACCGACUGGUCUACUUCAUGGAUGCCUAUCUGGAUUACAUCGAUUUUUGUGAUUAUGAUGGGCACCAUAGGAGGCAGGUGAUUGCUAGUGAUUUGGUUCUGCGUCAUCCCCAUGCCUUGACUCUGUUUGAAGAAUCUGUGUACUGGACUGACCGUGGUACUCUUCAGGUUAUGCAGGCCAACAAAUGGCAUGGGGGGAACCAGACAGUUGUAAUGUAUAAUGUUCGCCGGCCUCUUGGGAUCGUUGCUGUUCAUCGUUCAAGGCAGCCAUCUGCCCCGAAUCCAUGUGCCUCUGCCGCGUGUAGCCACCUCUGCCUGCUCUCUGCACGGGGGCCUCAGCGGUAUUCCUGUGCUUGUCCUUCUGGAUGGAACCUCUCUCAUGAUUCUGUCAAUUGUGUGAAAGGUGAUCAGGCUUUCUUGAUGAGUGUAAGAAACCAUCUAAUUUUUGGAAUCUCCCUCGAUCCUGCGGAGAAGAGCAAUGAUGCUAUGGUUCCUAUAGCAGGGAUUCAGAAUGGUUUUGAUGUUGAAUUUGAUGACUCAGAGCAAUUCAUCUAUUGGGUUGAGAAUCCAGGUGAAAUCCACAGAGUGAAGACAGAUGGCACCAACAGGACAGUGUUUGCACCUCUGUCUCUGCUGGGGUCUUCACUGAGCCUGGCACUAGAUUGGGUGUCAAGAAACAUAUAUUAUACCACUCCUGCAAGUCAGUCCAUCGAGGUGUUGACGCUUCGGGGAAAUACAAGAUAUGGGAAAACGCUGAUAACCAACGAUGGCACUUCUCUUGGUGUUGGUUUCCCGGUUGGCAUAACUGUUGAUCCUGCACGUGGGAAACUAUAUUGGUCAGACCAGGGGACAGACAGUGGGGUACCUGCCAAGAUUGCAAGUGCUAACAUGGAUGGCACAUCUUUAAAGAUUCUCUUCACUGGAAACCUGGAACACCUGGAGGUUGUCACCCUUGACAUUCAGGAGCAGAAGCUCUACUGGGCGGUCACCAGCAGGGGCGUGAUCGAGAGAGGAAAUGUGGAUGGUACGGAACGCAUGAUCCUGGUGCACCACCUGUCCCACCCGUGGGGACUUGCAGUCCAUGGUUCCUUCCUUUACUAUACUGACGAACAGUAUGAAGUCAUUGAAAGAGUUGACAAGUCCUCCGGGAGCAACAAAGUUAUCCUGAGAGAUAACAUUCCAAGCUUGAGGGGCCUUCGAGUUUAUCAUAGGCGCAAUGCUGCUGACUCUCCCAAUGGCUGUAGCAACAAUCCGAAUGCUUGUCAGCAGAUUUGCCUGCCUGUACCAGGUGGAAUGUUUUCCUGUGCCUGUGCCAGUGGAUUUAAACUCAAUCCUGAUCGUCGGACCUGCUCUUCAUAUAAUUCUUUCAUUGUUGUUUCCAUGCUGUCUGCAAUCAGAGGCUUUAGCUUGGAAUUGUCAGAUCAUUCAGAGGCCAUGGUGCCAGUGGCUGGCCGAGGACGAAAUGCACUGCAUGUGGAUGUGGAUGUCGCCUCCGGCUUUGUUUACUGGUGUGAUUUCAGCACCUCUGUGCAAUCUUUUAAUGCGAUUCAUAGAAUCAAACCAGAUGGAUCUUCUUUUACCAACAUCAUUACAGAUGGCAUAGGACCAAAUGGAGUCCGGGGUAUUGCAGUGGAUUGGGUAGCAGGAAAUCUCUAUUUUACCAAUGCCUUUGUGUAUGUAACACUGAUAGAAGUGCUACGGAUCAACACCACCUACCGCCGUGUUCUCCUUAAAGCCACAGUAGAUAUGCCGAGACAUAUUGUUGUUGACCCCAAGAACAGAUAUCUCUUCUGGGCUGAUUAUGGGCAGAAACCAAAGAUUGAACGCUCUUUUCUUGACUGUACCAAUAGAACUGUACUUGUUUCUGAAGGCAUUGUCACACCACGGGGCUUGGCAGUGGACCAUGGCAAUGACUAUAUUUAUUGGGUUGAUGAUUUCUUAGAUUUAAUUGCAAGAAUCCAUAUUAAUGGAGGGGAAUCUGAAAUGAUUCGUUUUGGUAGUCGUUACCCAACUCCUUAUGGUAUCACUGUGUUUGGAGAGUCUAUCAUAUGGGUAGAUAGAAAUUUGAAAAAAAUCUUCCAAGCUAGCAAGCAGCCAGCAAACACAGAUCCACCAACAGUGAUAAGAGACAAUAUCAACUGGUUACGAGAUGUGACCAUCUUUGAUGAACGUGUCCAGCCCCGGUCUCCAGCAGAGGUCAACAAUAACCCUUGCUUGGGAAGUAAUGGCGGCUGCUCCCAUUUCUGCUUCGCUUUACCUGAAUUGCACAUGCCAAAAUGUGGAUGUGCCUUUGGGAUUUUGGAAAGUGAUGGCAAGAGCUGUGCCAUUCCAAGAGAAGAUUUCCUCAUCUAUGCCUUGGAUAAUUCCUUGAGAAGCUUACACUUUGACCCUGAAGACCAUAGCCCGCCUUUCCAAGAAAUGAACGUGCAAAGAACUGCCAUUGCUUUGGAUUAUGACAAGAAAAAUAAUAGAAUAUUCUUCACACAAAGUUUAAACUCUGGACAUGGCCAGAUUUCCUAUGUCAACCUGUACUCAGGGAUCAGUUCUCUGACUGUCAUUGCUUCAGAUAUAGGUACUGCUGAUGGCAUUGCCUUUGACUGGAUUAAUAGAAGAAUUUAUUACAGUGACUACAUCAACCAGACAAUUUAUUCCAUGGCUGAAAAUGGAUCUAAUCGUUCUGUGAUAGCCCGUGUUCCAAAACCAAGAGCAAUUGUGUUAGAUCCUUGCCGAGGGUACAUGUACUGGACUGACUGGGGGACAAAUGCCAAAAUUGAGAGAGCCACACUGGCAGGAAACUUUAGGGUCCCCAUUGUGAACACCAGCCUGGUUUGGCCCAAUGGACUCACUUUGGACCGCGAGACAGACCUUCUGUACUGGGCCGAUGCUAGUCUGCAGAAGAUUGAGCGCAGUACUCUCACAGGCACGAACCGUGAAGUCGUUGUCAGCACUGCCUUUCAUUCUUUUGGCUUGAUCGUCUACAGCCAGUACAUUUAUUGGACUGACUUCUUCACAAAAAAAAUUUACCGAGCUAACAAAUAUGAUGGGUCAGAUCUGAUUGCGAUGACCACCAGCUUGCCUGUCCGGCCUAAGGGCAUUUCCACAGUCAUGAAAAAUGAGCAGCAGCAGUGUGGCAAUCCUUGUGAUCAGUUUAAUGGGGGCUGCAGCCAUAUCUGUACACCAGGUCCAAAUGGAGCCGAAUGCCAGUGUCCACAUCAAGGCAACUGGUAUCUGGCCAACAACAAUAAGCAUUGCAUUGUGGACACUGGUGCCCGGUGUGAUGUAUCCCAGUUCACCUGCCGCAAUGGGCUCUGCAUCCCAGAGACUUGGAAAUGUGAUAAUGACAAUGACUGUGGCGACGGCAGCGAUGAGUUGGAAACUGUCUGUGCAUUUCACACUUGCCGGUCGACAGCCUUCACUUGUACCAACAGGCGAUGUGUCCCAUACAACUAUCGCUGUGAUCACUAUGAUGAUUGUGGUGACAACAGUGACGAGGCAGGCUGCCUGUUCAGGAACUGCAACAGCACCACAGAGUUUACCUGUGGCAAUGGGAGGUGCAUACCGCUCGAUUAUGUCUGCAAUGGCCUUAACAACUGUCAUGAUAAUGACAUCUCAGAUGAGAAAAAUUGCCCCCCUCGCACUUGCCAGCCUCCACUCACAAGAUGCCAGAAUACAAAUAUUUGUAUUUCUCGAUACUUUUUGUGUGAUGGAGACAAUGACUGUGGGGAUAUGAGUGAUGAAAACCCCACUUACUGCAGAACAUUCACAUGCAGCAGCAGUGAGUUCCAGUGCACAUCUUCUCCACAAUGCAUUCCACAGUCCUGGUACUGUGAUAAUACAGACGACUGUACUGAUGGCUCUGAUGAACCGGCCUCUUGUGGUAAGAGUCAGCCAACCUGCAGAGCUAAUGAGUUCACAUGUGAUAAUGGCAGGUGUAUUUCAAGAAACUGGAUCUGUGAUGGUGAUAACGACUGUGGGGACAUGAGUGACGAGGAUGGAAGACAUCAUUGUGAGAAUAGGAACUGUUCAAGCACACAGUUUCUAUGUGCAAAUAACAGACCGCCGAGCAGGAGGUGCAUCCCCCAAAACUGGGUCUGUGAUGGUGAUGCAGAUUGUGCUGAUGCCCUUGAUGAACAACAGAAUUGUACCAGGAGAUCGUGUGCUGAAGAUGAAUUCACAUGUGGCAAUGGACGGUGUGUCAGGGAAAUAUUCAGGUGUGACCGGCACAAUGACUGCGGUGACUACAGUGAUGAGAGGUCCUGCUCCUACCCGCCCUGCCAGGCCAAUGAGUUUACCUGCCAAAACGGACAGUGCAUUAAUAGGAACUUUGUCUGUGAUAAUGACAAUGACUGUGGAGAUGGAUCAGAUGAGCAAGACCACUUGUGUCACAUCCCGGAACCCACAUGCCCCCCUCAUCAGUUCAGAUGUGACAAUGGUCACUGCAUCGAGAUGGGGAAGGUCUGCAACCACAUAGAUGACUGCUCUGACAACAGUGACGAGAAAGGCUGUGGCAUUAAUGAAUGCCAGGACCCUUCAAUCAGUCGCUGUGACCACAACUGUACAGACACCAUAACCAGUUUCUACUGCUCCUGUCGUCCUGGGUACAAGCUCAUGUCUGACAAGCGGACUUGUGUUGAUAUUGAUGAAUGCAAGGAGACGCCACAUGUGUGUAGCCAGAAGUGUGAGAAUGUAGUAGGAUCUUAUUAUUGUAAGUGUGCCCCGGGCUACAUUCGUGAGGCAGACGGCAAGAGGUGUCGACAGAACAGCAACAUUGAGCCCUACCUCAUCUUCAGCAACCGUUAUUAUCUGAGAAAUUUAACCACAGAUGGCAGGCUUUACUCCCUCAUUCUGCAAGGAUUGAGCAAUGUUGUGGCACUGGACUUUGACAGAGUAGAAAAGAGAUUGUAUUGGAUUGAUAUCCAGAAGCAUGUCAUUGAGAGGAUGUUUCUGAAUAAGACAAACAGGGAGACAAUUGUAAGCCACAGAGUAACAGGUGCAGAAAGUCUGGCUGUUGACUGGGUUUCCAGAAAACUCUAUUGGUUGGAUACUAUCCUGGACUGUCUGUUUGUCUCUGACCUUGAUGGUCAACACCGCCGCAUGCUAGCCCAGCACUGUAUGGAUUCGAAUAACACCUUCUGCUUCGAUCAUCCCAGAGGCAUUGUCCUUCAUCCUCAAAACGGGCAUGUCUACUGGGCAGACUGGGGUGAUCACUCAUACAUUGGAAGAGUUGGAAUGGAUGGAGCCAAUAAGUCUGUGAUUAUCUCUACCAAGAUAGAAUGGCCCAAUGCUAUCACCAUUGAUUACACCAAUGAUCUCCUGUACUGGGCAGAUGCUCACCUGGGUUACAUUGAGUACUCUGAUUUGGAAGGCCAGCAUCGACACACAGUGUAUGAUGGGAUACUGCCUCACCCCUUCGCUAUUACCAUUUUUGAAGAUACUAUUUUUUGGACAGAUUGGAAUACAAGGACAAUUGAAAAGGGAAACAAAUAUGAUGGGUCCAAUAGGGAGGUGUUGGUGAACACAACACACAGACCCUUUGACAUCCAUGUGUACCAUCCGUACAGGCAGCCUAUUGUGAACAAUCCCUGUGGUACCAACAAUGGUGGCUGUUCUCAUCUGUGCCUCAUCAAAGCAGGGGGGAGAGGAUUUACCUGUGAGUGUCCUGAUGACUUCCAGACCAUUCGGAUGAGAGACAGAACACUUUGCAUGCCCAUGUGCUCCAGCACCCAGUUCCUGUGUGGUAACAAUGAAAAGUGUAUUCCCAUCUGGUGGAAAUGUGAUGGACAAAGAGACUGCUCUGACGGCUCCGAUGAACCAGACCUGUGCCCACACCGUUUCUGCCGCCUGGGACAGUUCCAGUGCAAAGAUGGCAACUGCACCAACCCCCAGGCCUUGUGCAAUGUGCACCAGGACUGUGCUGAUGGCUCUGAUGAAGACCAUGCACUCUGUGAUCAUCACCGGUGUGAAGCCAAUGAAUGGCAAUGUGCCAACAAGCGUUGCAUCCCAGAAGCCUGGCAAUGUGAUUCAGUGAAUGAUUGCCAGGACAAUUCAGAUGAAGCCACUUCCCACUGUGCCAGCAGGACCUGCAGACCUGGCCAGUUCAGGUGUAACAAUGGUCGCUGUAUUCCACUGAGCUGGAAGUGUGAUGUAGAUAAUGAUUGUGGAGACUACUCAGAUGAGCCCAUCCAUGAAUGCUUGACUGCUGCUUACUCCUGUGACAACCACACGGAAUUCAGCUGUAAAACAAACUACCGCUGCAUCCCACAGUGGGCUGUGUGCAAUGGUUUUGAUGACUGCAGGGACAACAGUGAUGAGCAAGGCUGUGAGUCAAGGCCAUGUGAUCCUACUGGGGAUUUCCGCUGUAAAAAUCACCAGUGCAUCCCUCUCCGCUGGAAGUGUGAUGCCUAUGAUGACUGUGGAGAUAACUCAGAUGAGGAAAACUGUGCUCCUCGGGAUUGCACAGAGAGCGAGUUUCGUUGUGCCGAUCAGCAAUGCAUUCCCUCUCGAUGGGUCUGUGACCAAGACAAUGACUGUGGAGACAACUCGGAUGAACUGGAUUGUGAGUUGAAGACCUGUCAUCCUGAACAUUUUCAGUGUUCAAGUGGACACUGUGUGCCCAAUGCAUUCAAAUGUGAUGGAAGACCAGACUGCUUUGAUGCCUCUGAUGAAUCUACUUGUCCUACUCGUUUUCCCAACGGUACUUACUGCCCAGCUGCCAUGUUCGAGUGUAAAAACCACGUGUGCAUACAGUCAUUUUGGAUAUGUGAUGGAGAUAAUGACUGUAUCGAUGGCUCUGAUGAAGAACUUCACUUGUGCUUCAAUGUUCCGUGUGACCCACCACAUCGUUUCAGGUGUGACAACAGUCGCUGCAUUUAUGCUCACCAGCUGUGCAAUGGUGUGGAUGACUGUGGAGAUGGAACUGAUGAGACCGAAGAGCACUGUAGAAAACCAACCCUUAAACCUUGCACAGGAAAUGAAUAUAAAUGUAGCAAUGGAAACUGCAUUUCAGAGCACUAUGUGUGUGACAAUGUUGAUGACUGUGGUGACAAUUCUGAUGAACUGGGUUGCAAUGUAGGAGAUCAAAGAACAUGUGCUGAAAAUCUAUGUGAACAGAACUGCACCCAAUUAAAUGGAGGAGGAUUUAUCUGCUCCUGUGGAACUGGGUUCAAAACUAGUACUUUGGACAGAAACUCCUGUCAAGACAUCAACGAAUGUGAGCAAUUUGGGGUUUGCGCCCAGAGCUGUCAAAACACCAAAGGAAGUUAUGAAUGUUUCUGUGCUGAUGGUUUCACGUCGAUGAGUGCCCACCAUGGAGAACGGUGUGCAGCUGAUGGAAACCCACCUUUGUUGCUCCUGCCUGAUAAUGUUCGAAUCCGAAAGUACAAUAUCUCAUCUGAGAAGUUCUCAGAGUAUCUUGAUGAGGAAGAACAUAUCCAGACUAUUGACUAUGAUUGGGAUCCUGAGGGCCUGGGUGUCAGUGUUGUAUAUUACUCUGUGCUGGCACAGGGCUCUACAUUUGGUGCUAUCAAACGAGCCUACAUCCCCAACUUUGAAUCUGGUAGCAACAAUCCCAUUCGUGAAGUUGACUUGGGCCUGAAGUAUAUAAGGCAGCCAGAUGGAUUAGCUGUGGACUGGGUUGGAAGGCAUAUUUACUGGACAGAUGCCAGGAGCCAACGGAUCGAGGUGGCUAGACUUGAUGGACGGUAUAGGAAGUGGCUGAUCACCACUCAGCUGGACCAGCCAGCUGCCAUUGUUGUGAAUCCUAAGCUAGGGCUUAUGUUCUGGACUGACCAGGGAAAAGUACCUAAAAUCGAGUCUGCCUGGAUGAAUGGUGAUCAUCGCAGCGUUCUGGUUACCGAGGACCUUGGCUGGCCAAAUGGCCUUUCCAUAGAUUAUGUGAAUGAUGACCGGAUCUAUUGGAGUGACUCCAAAGAAGAUGUUAUUGAAACGAUAAAAUAUGAUGGGACUGACAGGAGAGUCAUUAUAAAUGAAGCAAUGAAGCCUUUCACUCUGGACAUCUUUGAAGACCAAUUAUACUGGGUAGCCAAGGAAAAAGGAGAAGUGUGGAAACAAAACAAAUUUGGGAAAGGAAAAAAAGAGAAAGUGCUGGUAGUGAACCCUUGGCUCACUCAAGUUCGGAUCUUUCAUCAGCUGAGAUACAAUCAGUCAGUGUCCAACCCUUGUAAACAAGUCUGCAGCCACCUCUGUUUACUGAGACCAGGAGGAUACAGCUGUGCCUGUCCCCAAGGCUCCAACUUUAUAAGUGGCAGCGCUGUUGAGUGCGAUGCAGCCAGUGAACUUCCCAUCACCAUGCCUCCCCCAUGCAGGUGCAUGCACGGAGGAAGUUGCUAUUUUGAUGAGAAUGACCUCCCCAAAUGCAAGUGUUCUAGUGGCUACAAUGGAGACCACUGUGAGGUUGGGCUCUCGAGCGGCAUCCCUCCAGGGACAACGAUGGCUGUGCUGUUGACGUUCCUCUUGAUCAUCAUUAUUGGAGCUCUGGCACUUGUUGGAUUUUUCCAUUACAGGAAAACUGGCUCCCUUUUGCCUGCUCUGCCCAAGUUGCCAAGCUUAAGCAGUCUUGCCAAACCCUCUGAAAAUGGAAAUGGAGUGACUUUCAGAUCAGGGGCUGAUGUUAACAUGGACAUCGGAGUUUCUCCUUUUGGUCCCGAGUCUGCUAUUGACAGAUCCAUGGCAAUGAAUGAACACUUUGUCAUGGAAGUGGGGAAGCAGCCUGUGAUAUUUGAAAACCCAAUGUAUGCAUCCAAGGACAAUACUGUGAAAGUGGUCCUGCCAGCUCAGGUGGCUGUAUCAGAAAGUGUGGAAAACAAGAAUUAUGGGAGCCCCAUAGAUCCUUCUGAGAUAGUUCCAGAACCAAAGUCAACUUCCCCGGGUGCUGAUGGGGCUCAGGGCACAAAAUGGAGCAUCUUCAAACGAAAACCAAAACAAACUACCAACUUUGAAAAUCCAAUCUAUGCAGAGAUGGACAGUGAACAAAAGGAAAAUGUGUCUGUGGCCCCACCUCCAUCACCUUCUCUCCCUGCUAAACCUUCAAAAAGAGGUCCGACUCCAGGCUACGCUCCAACAGAAGACACUUUUAAAGACACUGCAAAUCUUGUUAAAGAAGAUUCUGAGGCAUAGCCGUGCCAGAUAUCUAGGGAAUAAUCAGAAACACACUUUUGCACAUAUAUUUUUUA